CCUUCCUUCGAAACCAGACUUCCUCUUCCUUAAUUCCUCUCUCUUUUAGCAAACCAGACUUCCUUCCUUCCUUCAAACCAGACUUCCUUCCUUCCUUUCUCUUUUAGCAAACCAGACUGGCGGCCGCACAAAACGCCGGCAUAUGAUGUUUUAGACGGCGUUUUAUAAAAAUGCUGGAAUUGGAAACGCCGGGAGAAUCUGUUUUUUGUAGUAUAUAAUCCAUUGGGAGAAGAGUUGUUAAAGUAACAAAAGCAUAAAAGAGUGGUCAAAUGGCUGAAAUUGGUAGCAGAGAAAGCAGGUGGUCUCUUCAGGGAAUGACAGCUCUUGUUACUGGUGGAACUAAAGGAAUCGGGUAUGCUAUUGUAGAGGAAUUGGCAGGCCUAGGGGCGACCGUCCAUACAUGCAGUCGAAACGAGGCCCAACUCAAUGAAUGCUUACAUGAAUGGAAGGCAAAGGGAUUUCGAGUCACUGGUUCCGUGUGCGAUGCAGUGUCUCGAGCCCAACGAGAGGAACUAAUUAGCACCGUCUCGUCACUAUUUAAUGGCAAACUCAACAUCCUUAUAAACAAUGUGGGAACCAACAUACCAAAAACGACCGUAGGGUACACAGCUGAAGAUUUCUCAUUCCUCAUGUCUACCAAUCUUGAAUCUGCUUAUCACAUGUCCCAACUUGCUUAUCCUCUUCUGAGAGCCUCGGGAGCAGGAAGCAUUGUUUUCAUUUCUUCUGUUGCCAGUGUAGUAGCAGUAACUAGUAGAAUGAGUAUAUACAGUGCAACUAAAGGAGCCAUGAAUCAGCUAGCAAGAAGUUUGGCAUGUGAGUGGGCAAAAGACAACAUAAGGAGUAACUCUGUUGCACCUUGGUUUAUUAGAACCCCCCUAACUGAAACUGAUCUGAGGGAUGAGAAAUUUUCUGUGGCUAUUGACUCUCAAACCCCUCUUGGACGUGCUGGAGAGCCAAAGGAAGUUUCUUCCUUAGUGGCAUUCCUAUGCCUACCUGCGGCUUCUUACAUAACUGGUCAGAAUAUUUGUGUUGAUGGUGGAAUUACAGUAAAUGGCUUCGUAGUGCCCUAAGCAUGCUUUGAAACAGCUAAAAAUGAUGUUCAACUGCUCCACUAGAAUGUGCUCUUAUUGAUACAACAUUUGUAUCGAGGGAUGUGUAUAAUCCAUGCACUUCAUUUUCAAGAUCAAAAGCAGUAAAUCGUGUAAAACCUAAUUAGACAAUAAAAUUUCAUACAUGCACAUCUUUUUUUA